AUGUCAUUGGUAUCGAUGCUCAUCGCUGCGUCAUUGGAUGCGGCAGGAUCUCUCGUCAUGGUCAUUACGAUGUUCGACAUCCUGAACCAUUACCGGAGCACUCACGGAUUGGAAAGAUUCCUCUGGGUGUCGCUCAGCACACAGAUCGCAGGAUUGCUCGCCUUGGGUGUUGGAACAGCAUCGCAGUUCGCCCCGUCCAGUCUACUGGAUCAGGUCGGCCAAACUAGCUGUACUAUCGUCGUCGCCUUGGCUCCGGUGAGCCGUGCAGCACGAUGGGAGCACGUCUUUACCAGCAUGCCGAUAAUACCUAGCCCAAGGUCACUUGCUAAGAUGUUGUACUGCAUAAUGUUUCGUUUCCCGACGAUCGCGGCAGUUGUGGUUUUCAUCGGAACCCCGGUCUGUUGUGCAGCAAUACUGGAGCUUCCGAACGACCCCCGAUGGGCCCUGGCUACACUACUUCUGUUGAUAAUGGACUUCACUGGGGUGGCUUGCAGUCUCAUGUUCACGAAGUCCAUGCAGGACCCAGACCACCAGCCAGACGAGCGAAUCAGCGUACACGGCGAGCCACGUAACAGAUGGAACCGUCGCCGAGUGACCCUGGCGGCGUGUUCGCACGGCCGUCACAACGGCAUGGGUAAUUCUGCUCUGGCGCCAGCCACAAUCAUGGCUUCGGAGGGACGUGCAGACGGUAUGCCUUACAGUGGGGGCUUCACCGUGGACAUUGAAGGAUUUCGGACGAAUGGGCAAAUGCAUGCGGCGAAAUAG